AGCAGCUCUUCGUCCAGUCACAGACAGAGGCGAGGGCUGCCAGCUGCCGCCUUGACAUCUUCGACGCACAGUUGGAGAAGCGAUACAGCAACAUGAGACCAGCAUUAAUUCCUUUUGUGUUUGCCCUGGCUGCCACCUUCAUCCCCGCCCUCUGUGCCAGAGAGGAGCCCCCGGCCCUCCACCUCGAGGCUCCUGUCGAAACCCGGUCCCGCUUUGCUGCUCUGGAUGACGUUCGUCUGCUGGGGAACGGCCUCCUCCAGCUGGGCCAGAGCCUGCGGGAGUUUGUGCAAAAGACGAAGGGACAGAUCAACGACAUCUUCCAGAAGCUCAACAUCUUCGACCGCUCUUUCUACCAGCUGUCGGUGCUGGCCAGCGAGAUCAAGGAGGAGGAGGAGGAGCUGAAGAAGACCACGGUGGUGCUGAAGGCCAACAACGAGGAGAUCAGGGGCAUGUCGGAGAAGAUCAGCUCCAAGAUGGACAGCAUCUUGCAGGAGAAGAGCCAGCUGCAGGAGAAGGUGGAAGGGUUGGAGGAGAAGCUGAGGAGUCUGUCAGAUGGAAUGCUGACGAGUGAACAGGCCGCAGAGAUCAACGGCCUUCGGGAGGUGAUCCUCAGCCAGGAGCAGAGCAUCACGGAGCUGCUGAAGGCUGUGAGGGAACAAAGUGACCAACUCAACCACCAGAGGACCAAGAUCAAGCUCCUGGAGGAAAAACUUUCAGCCAACGGGUUAGCCCAGGAGACCAUCGAGAGGAUCCCGGAAAUCUUCAACACCGAAGCACCGACGCUCACCCCCUACCUGACCUCAAGCUCCACCAGCAGCGCCAGAAUGAUGAAUCUGCCAUCAGACUGCAGCGAGCUGUUCAACAGAGGAGAGCGGGCGAGCGGCGUCUACGCCAUCAAACCCAACGGAUCAGAUCCCUUCAUGGCCUUCUGUGACAUGAACAAAGACCAUGGGGUAACCGUUAUCCAGCAAAGAAAAGACGGUUCAGUGAAUUUUGAUCAAACCUGGGCGACGUAUGAAAAUGGUUUUGGAGAUUUUCAAGGAGAUUUUUGGCUGGGUCUCAAGAAGAUUCACUCUCUGGCCUGUCAGGGCAACUCUGUCCUUCAGAUCCGGGUGGAAGAUUGGAAACAGGACAAACGCUUCAUCGAAUACAGAUUUUACCUUGACGGUCCGCAGAACAACUACACCAUUCACCUCUCGUAUCUGUCUGGAAAUCUGCCCGACCCCAUGAGCAACCACACCGGAAUGAUGUUUUCCACCAAGGACAGAGACAACGACAACCACCAGGACUCAAACUGGGCCCACCAGCAAGCAGGUGGAUGGUGGUUCAACGCCCGCGGAGAGGCCAACCUGAAUGGGAGAUACUUCCACAUGAGACCAAAGUGGCGUUCAGAUCGUAGGAAAGGCAUCCACUGGAAGUUGGGCCGAAAGGGGUCUUACUCCCUAAAGUUCACCCAGAUCUCCCUCCGCCCAAUGGCUUCCCCCAGCAUCGCCUCCCCCGCAUCAGCUUCCUUUGAGUCGGGUGUCUUUCUCUGAUCCAGCAGCAGCAGCAUCCAGUAAAAAUUCUCAAUACAAACCUGCAAUAAACAGCAGCCUCAUCAGGAAAGCCUUGGCUGUGCUUUAUGUGGCAGCCAGAGUUUCACUGUAGGCUGGGGCAGAGAGGACGUUCACCUCCAAGUGUCUCAGUAGAUUAAAGUCAGUCACACAAGACACUAACAAAGCUUUAAAAGUCUGAGGGCUGCUCUGUGCUAAACUUCUUAUAGCCGGGAUGUUGUCCAUGCAUAAAGGAACAUCAAAACGCAUCGUAAAACCUACUAUAUAUCCACUUAGCUCACCAUCCUCACUACAUAGCAUAAAGUACAUCUUCACUUACUCACUGGUUAGGGAUUCAAGAGAAGAAUUUCAGCCAGACAGCUAUAAAUGAGCAGUCUUCAUAUCGAGUCACAUUGACUCUCAGUGUGAUGGUUCCCAACAUUUGGGGCAGGACCCCUUGAAAGGGUUGUGAUACGGAUCUAUGGAUUCAGGAAGGAAAUAACAGGAUAUUAAAGACAGUAGAACAUAUUUCUCUGCAUAACAUGCUGUUCUUCAACUGGUUAUUUGUCUUAGAGAAAUGUUAGCAUUUGCUUGCUCGACUGUCCUUUAAAUUGUUCUUGAAAUUUAACAAAGGCUGCACCUAAAAGUUACUCUCAUUAUUGCUCAGACUGACACUAAUUAUCUAAAUUAUUGACCAAUUGUUUGAUACUGUGAUGACUUCAGUAAGUAGUGAAAAAUGUGGAUCAGUUUCCCAGAACUCCACAAAUGUCAAGUGUUGUUUUUGUCACAAUUACAGUCUAAAACCUACAGAGUCCAGAAACAAAAAAAAUGGAAACACUGCACUGACUCCAUAGAAUAAAUAUAAGAACACGCCAAAAUCAGUUAAACGAUAAGAGUCUGAAAAAUAAAUAUUAUAUUGACUGUUCUGCUGGGUAUUGGUUGGCAGAUGACGAUCUAUUUAAGGCACUCUGAUUUUAAAUAUAAAAUACUUUAUCAAUACAUGGAUUACCCACAUGUUUUCAUUCAGAGUCUUCAUCAGGGUGAAUAGGUUUAAAAUUCAUGAAGGAGUCAUGUGGCACAAGUUACAUGACAUGUGAACUCUGCCAUUUGAAACAAGCACAUACAGCACUUGACAAACAAGCAAUUUUUUUUUGGCAUUUUGGAGAUAUUAAUAACAUAUGAGACCUUGUUUGUUUGUUUGUUUGUUUUUAUCUUUACCCCCAAAAUCCAUUUUUAAUCAUAGAAGACUGAGGAAAGUGAAGGCUUACAGGCUGGAAACAGGAUUUUUUUCCCCUGCAUUAUUGCUUAUAAAGUUACCUAUCUAUAUCAGUCAAAUAUCAAAAUAGUUACUGAUUCCUUUUAUGUUUGUUCAUUUCAGUUUGUUUAAAUCAAACAAUCUGAAAUGUGGUAAUCGGACCCAAACAGACAUUUCUUCAUUUUGUGUUUUUGAAAGAUAACAAAAGUUGGGAAACACUUGUAUCAAUACUCAGCUCUCUAUUCUUAACAUUCUCAGUUUUUAUACAUUUACUAUAUUUUAUUUAACUUAAUAAACACAACAACAGUGAUUGUGACCACUAACAAUUCAAGUAUUCAUUUAGCUGUAAAUAUCCUUAACUUUGUACUUUGUUAUUUGGGGUUAUUCAUUGCUUGUGGUUCUGGCUCUGAUCAGACACUGCGAUAACAUCAAUUAUGUGUCAACAGAUUUGGCCUUGAGUUGUUUCUUCCUUGAACUACAGCUGCUUUGUUGUGAUGCCGAAGUAAAUGAAUGACUGAUGCGUGUUCAUGCUAUUACUACAUACUAAAACUUUCCGAAUGUUGCACUGUGAGGUUAAUGCCAAACUCUUUUGUACUGUGUCGUUAGGAGCACUUAAUAAACUCUAGAGGGCAGCGUUGCUCCAUCUCAUGCAGA